ACGUCCUCUCCCUGCUCUCCCUUCUACAGUAUCACAUCAGCCAGGCUAAGGGCACUCUGCUCUGUGCCACCCUCCGAGCCAGACAGACGGCAGGACGGGCAGACAGCCGCCUCUCAGACCACCGCGCAUUAUGGAGGGUUUGUUCGUCCAAGCCUCAGAAGAGGACAGGGUGGAGGGAAGUGAAAAAAAUGGGGAAGAGGAAGAAGGAGGAAUGGAGGCCCCGUCUCCUACGGGUUCCACCACAAAUGAGGAAACAGACGAGGACUCGGAACCAGAGCCCCCACCCGUCACUCACUGGAGAAAGGUGUCAUUCGCCGAUGCAUUUGGCCUCAACUUGGUGUCAGUUAAGGAGUUCGACAAUGCUGAAGUAACAGAGUCAGCAGUCAGCCAGCCCCCUGAGAAAGAGGCAUCACAUCCCUCAGAGGAGUUCUACAUGUCCUGUCUGUUUACAGUCCCCUCGUCCCCAGAGGAGCUGGACCAGAGACUCCAGGAACAGAUGGUUGAGUUGGAAAGCAUCGAGCUCCUUCCGGGGACCACCACACUCCGAGGCAUCAUCAGGGUCGUGAACCUCUGCUACAGUAAGUCCAUUUAUGUCCGGAUCAGCCUGGAUCGCUGGACGAGCUACUUUGACCUGUCAGCGGAGUAUGUGCCGGGAUCCAGUGACAAGAAAACAGACAGGUUUACCUUUAGUUAUACUGUGGUUCCUCCCUUUGACAGAGAGGGGACCAGAGUGGAGAUCUGUCUGCGUUACGAGACUUCAGUGGGCACUUUUUGGGCUAACAACAAGGAAAUGAACUAUGUGCUGUUCUGCCACCAGAGAGGACUUAUGAAGGAGCCUCAAGUGCAAGAGGAGAGUAGCAACUACAAGAGCAAGAGGAGCUGUCUGAAGGCUAACAGGAGGGGAAGUGCAGAGGAAAAGACCAGGGAGACCAGUAACACAUCAACAGCUGCAGCAGAGGCAGAGGCCCAACCAAAGGCAGAGGAAGCUAACAAAAAGGACAGCACAGAUAUACAAUCAUUAUUAUAUCAUGAAGAACACAAACCUUUGGUGGAUAGUGCAAAAAGCAGACACAGAGCAGCACGUUUGGCACGUGUUCAUGACUACCUCUCCCAAAGGACACAGCAUGUACGAGAGGCUUCUUCACAUGACUCAGCUGAUGGCCAGAACGUUCCUCAGCCUUUGCCAUUUGGGUGGAGUGACUCUGUUGGCUUUCUCCAUAAACGCCAUAAGAAAAAAUUCAAUGAGAGUCCACCGGUGCUCACCUACCACCAGAUUCCUCUGCUAACACUGGACUGGAACAAUGCAAAAUCUAGUCAGUGGGGGGCGUCUAACAUGGAUGACAUCUGGACUCGAGAAGCAAAAAUGUCAAAGGCAUCAGAGGAUAAUAUAGAAGAUACACCCUCUGUCAAUGAUAUGUGGGAGGCCUUUCUCAAUGGUACAGAUGAUACCAGUGAUAAAGAAACCUCUGUGUGCGAUAUAUGGCAGGCAUUUCUUAACGGGCCGAGCUGUACGGACCAUUCUGGUGUUCCAGAGUCAGAAUGGCUGCAGACAGCAGCGUCUGUGUCUCCCUCGAAUGAUAAAGAGCCCAGUGCCCACAAUGCAGCAAGCAGUCAAGAGCAUGAAUCUCAGGUGGGCACAGAUACACCCACCACCUUCCAUGCACACACUUCAGCUGUAUGUCAGCUGCUGUCAGAUGCUCGAGAGAUAUCAUUGGCUAAUGUUGCCUUUAACACUGAAGACCAGCAGCCAGCAGAGGCAUGUGUCAGCAGCCCAAGAGAUGACAACACAGCGACACAAGAUGCAUCCCAAAGGUCACAGACAAACUCCGUAACAGACACUCUGCAGGAAUUCUGCCUCAAGGGGGCAACGCCUGUGUCCGAGGGCUCUGUUGACAGUUCAACCAAGUGUCACGAGCAAGUGAUCUGGGAGCGAGAAAAAGAUGGAAUAAUAGGAAGAGCUGAAGGAACGGGAAGAGAUGAGCCCUUCACAGCACACACAGCUGACUUAGUAACAAGCUCAGGGGAGUCGGAGACAACAGACAUGACAGCAAUGCCAGAGUCUCAGAAUGCCACCGCCGUUGAUAGGAUCUCACAGGGAGCAAGGCUGGAUGAGGGUCUUUCUUUCAGCAGGGAAGGGGAGGUUACAGGUACUGCACACAAUGCGGCGGAUGACACGCUGGCAUUUAGGGGGACAAUCAGACAGGGGACAAAGGAUGGGGAGAGGUUUGUCUUUUCCACAUCUAGACAAGGAGUGGAGGAGAGAAUCACGAAUAGCUGCAUGGAAAAUAAAGUAUCUACAGAUGAGGAGAUAUUUAGGCCACGGAAAACUGAAGAGUGUGAAAUCUCCCAGAGGUAUGCAGAUGAAAAGCAACAAGAAGAAUUCAGGCUGAACCAAAACAGUGAAAAUCCAUUACGGGAGAAUGAGAGCGAUGAAAAUGAAAUAAGACCUGCACAGUCACAUGAAGAUGAAUCCAAUCCAAGCCAAAUGUGUGAGGAAAAUUCCAUGCAAAGCCAAAUGGUAGCAAGUGGAUUCAAAUCAGAUGAAUCAGAGAGUGAGGAUUUUGCAUCAAAUAAAGACUUGGAAGUAUUCAAGAAGACAGAGGUGGAACUUUCCUACUGUACAACAAGUGAAGAAAGAAAGAGACUAAUUGGUGCAGAGGUGGCAUUCAUCCAGGUGCUAAAUGAGGAACACAAUGACAAAGCUUUACAACUUAAUUCAUCAUGGCAAAGGGGAACCACGUCAAUAAUUUCGGAAGUACAUAACAAAGAGUCAAGGCCAAUCCAAACAGGGGAAGAGAUGCACAUUCAGAAAGACGAGGAGGACUCAGCAUUGACACAAAGAAAGGAAAAUGCCAUAAAGUCCGGUCAGAGAAAGGAUGGAAAAAGGUUGAGUUGUGAUGGAAUAAUUGAAAAGCAACAGACAAUGGAAUCAAGGGAAACAAAAAUGGUCUUCCAAGGUGACCAUCAUAUGCCAAGACCUUUUCCAACAGAUCAGUGCAUCCCAAACCCAGAAGAGGUGGCAGAAAUGAGAUGGCCUCAUUCACAGGACGAUAUGAAGGGUCAAAAAGAGGAUGUUGGUCAUGAAAUGAGCCCAGAAGAAGUUACAGCAAAGAAGAACAUUGCAAAGACAGGCACUCCAACAGAACUUCAACACCAACCUGAGACAUUAGAAAGAUCAGAGAAAGAUAUGAGUCAGAGAGACAAAGAUGAGAGGGUGAGUAUUGGAAAGCUGAAAAUAGAAGUGCUGGGGGAGUUGAGGGGUAAUGUGGGGAACCCUCAGGGAGAGGGGAAGAACGCGCCGGCUGAAUUGAAAGAACGAGAGUUGUCAGCAGAAGUUGAGAGCUCUCCACGUGUUGAAUGUGAAAAAUUGUCAGAGGGAACAAAAGACCCCAUUACAGCAGAAAAUACUGCAGCACUUGAGGAGAUAGAGUUUGGAUUGGAGGAGAUGUUCAUAAAAAGAUUUGGGGAAGAUUUGGUCAGGGGGAUUUGGGAAGAGGUGUUUGGUCGGAAAGAAGAGGCAUUUAAUAGAGACACAGAUAUUGUUGAUGGAAUUGGGGGCAAGUUGUCAGACAUGCCUGAUAUUACACAAGAUUGCAAUCUUCUUUUAGAGAGAGAAUUCAAUGAUGCUUUUAAUUCAAGUGUAUUUUCCUUGACAGAACUACCAACAGAUCCAAAUUUAAGUCUUUGUCAAGGUCUAGAGCAAAUCUUAGCCACUCAGGACAAGGAAUACUCCCUAAAAGAAAGAAGUCAGUCACUCCAUACAGCAGAACAAACACUAUUACUCUCAGAAACACAGGCACAUUCGAAUUCAAGUGCUCAUCUCAGUCAAGAUCUCACCCCCAUUUUAGUUGCUCAGAGUUUGCAGUCAUUGACUCAAUCAGAACAAAGCUCUCCAAAGGAUCCGGAAAACUCCACUCAAAUAAAAGAAAGAUCAGUCUUCCGUCAGGAGACAGGUAGACAAAUAGACGACUGUGUAGCCCACAGGGAGGGUUUUAAUCGAUCAGCCCACCCAUCCCACAAACAUUUGGGUUCCCCCUCUGACAAAUUAAAAGAGUCCCAUAGUUCUCUAUGGUGGAGUUUGUUAUACCUCCUAAGUCACAUCACCAGACUUCUAAUCUGCUUCGUCUUAGUUGCUGGGUUCUUCUUCGUUGUUUGUCUGUAUGAUUUCCCAGCAUUCUUUGCGCUCUACAUAUUUUCAUUGUGCUGGUGGUUUUAUAAGUGGAAGACACAUCGAGUGACAACAAACAAGGGGAUGGUGGGAUAGGCCGAGAGUUAGGAGUGAAGGAAGGGUGUUAAAAAGUGUUGUAGGUAGCAUUUUUAAACAUCAGAACUGUAAUUCAUUUUAAUGCCUUCAAUAUCUUCAUGCCGUUCAUUCAGACUGGUAAGACCAUUGUGAAGAUCAAUGGAAGCUACAAAAAUUGGUGCAAUAAAACAAAAUGCUGCAUACAGCACUCGUAGCACAUGGGUUUAGCUGUGUUUUCCAUAUUUGGUUGUUCCUUUUCUAACUGUAAGUGAGUUUAGUGCAGUGGUUCCCAACUGUUUUUUUGGGGGAAAGUAUGAAAACAUAAAUAUACUUUGAUGCAGUAGAUAUAUGUUUUUUUACUUUACUUCUCUAUGGUUAUGUCUCGUUUCU